AUCUGCGAGUGGAUCUCCAGAAAUUUAACGGAGACAUGGCGUACGCUGAAUAUUCAACAUUUUAUAUCGGAAACGAGGCUUAUAAAUACCAACUCACAGUGUCUGGUUACACAGGAAAUGCAGGUGACAGUUUGGCUCCAAAUAAUGGUAUGAGAUUCAGUACAAAGGACCAAGAUAAUGAUAAAGCUAGUUACAACUGUGCUAUAAAUCAUCACGGAGCAUGGUGGUACAGUGCUUGUACAAACUCAAAUCUUAAAGGGAAAUAUGCACUGUCUGCGGUGACUAGCUAUAAAUGUCCGUAUUGGUAUCGCUGGACAAACGGAUAUAGAGCACUACAAAGGACUGUUAUGAUGAUAAGACACAAAUGCCCGAGUUAAUGGAAAAGCAGUCCUAUAUAAUGAUUUUCUAUAAGAAAUAUAAGGAGCCUACUUUCAAUGACUUAUUUUUGUGUUUUCUAGUGUUUAUAUUCUUUAUUUUGUGAUGGAAAAUAAUCUUGUUUUUUUUUAUGAGAACGAUAUAGUAAAACACGCCCA